AUCGAUUAACUUAACAUCCAGUAGUAUACGUUCUUUCUCGACGUCCGCGGCUCGUGCGUUACGAUUUCGAUCGCUUUCCGACUAGACUUUCGUGCUAACGUAUUGUACGAUAGUCGCUCGAUAUAUGCACGUACGUACAGUACAUAGGAAUGAGACCGGGAAUCUUCGUCACGGUUUUAUGUUCCUUGCCAGUUUGAAUUUUAAAUAAUUCCGAUUCGAUCGAUCGAGUGGAGAUUCUGAAAAUAUACGUGAAAGUAUUUGAACACUUGGCAUAGAAAAGUUUGGGUCAUGACGAAUAGGAUGCAGAUCUGCUGCUCUCUUGUUCACCAGUUUCGAAACCAGUGAAUUUCUUAUUUUGUGCAAUCGUAAAAGGAAUUGUUGAAUAAUUUCGAGUGGUUGGAUUACAUCCGUUGGGCAAUUUACACAUCGGGUUGAAUAUCGUUUUUAUCGAACAAAGUCAAUGCGUAAUGUUGGGAAGAAAUUUGAACGGAAUGUAGAAAUGCGAAUUUGAAAUUGUCUAAAUAGCGAGAGAGAAAGAAAGAAAGAAAGAAAGAAAGGAAGGAAGGAAGGAACAUAUAGAGGGUGUCUCAGGUAAAUGGGAUCACUUAAAUAUCUGCCUUAUUUACAAUUGUGGAAAGAAUUUUUUCUUAAGAUGAUUUUUCCACGAGAUUUCAUUUAUAUUUUUAAAUCGAAUUCUAUAUAUCUUUAUCCAUCAAUCGAUAGGUUUCUUUAAUACACUAUAUGAAAGUAUUAAGCAGCAGUUCUCGUGUAAUAAUAACAAAGGCAAAUAAUUUUUAUGAAUCGUUUUAGACUACCUAUUUGCUAUAUGUGAUUAAAUCUUUUUAAAAUAUAAAUAUAGUCUUGAAAUAGAAAUGUAAUUUUUGUUAUUUCCAUUUUUCUUAUUGUUUAUCAACUUUCUAAACAGCCAUGAUUAAUAACAUUUUGAACUGACGUGCACGAUAAUUAAAAAGCUAAUUAAUCGAUUAAUCAUUCUCAGACAAAGUACGCUUUGUUACAAACUUCUCCAGAGAUUGAACCUCAAAUUUCUAGUUGAUUAUUUGUUUAUAAUAUUCUUUUAAAUAAUAUAAAUUCAAUUCAUUUGCCAGAAAAAGUAAAUUAUUCUUCUAAAAGUUAAAACUUUUCAAUUUUUCAUGCUUUCACUUCGAAUCGUUUCGUUUUUCGUUCAAUCUCAGCGUAAACUGUCUAACUUUAAGAAAAUUUCGCAACUUUUGCAUUCUAAUGACUGUGACAAAUGCUAUGCUGCACGCAAACAAUGAAUUACUGAACUGAAUUACGUUUGUGCUUCAAAAUUAUCUAUUUAUAUUACAAUAAGACCUAGUUCCAUACAACCAUUAGUUAAUCUAAAAUAAAUUUAUAAAAAUCACUUGCUUUUAUUGUUGUUACACGAAAAUCUGCUCUUAAACUAUUUAUGUUUGAAAAUGUUUAGUGUAAAAAAUAUUUUAACAUUAAUUUUGUGGAAUUUGGCCUAUGAGAGACAAAGAAAGACGCAAAGUUAUACUCUGGUGUACUUCAUAUACAACAUUUGAUGAGAUCAAAAUUGAAAUAUCUUUUAAACUAUGCAUUUUUCGAUAUAAGUACCCUAAUACUCUUGUGCAGAGAAUAAAAAAUCUCAUCCACUGCUGUAAAAAAAAUAUAUAUGCGCCUUAGAAAAGAUCGAUGACCUUGAAAUGUCAUUAAAAAAUGAUCUUGAGAAAAUAUUCUUUCCACCGUUAUAUAUGACCCUUAAAACAGUUUAACUUUGUUCCGAGAAAAUAUUUCGUACAAUUAUAAAUAAGGCAGUUAUUUAAGUGAUCUCAUUUAGCUGAUGAUAAGAUACCCGGUACAAUGACAAAUCUAAGGUAUCUGCGUGCAACGAUAGAUGGUAUUUUCCCUGGCUUCAAAAUGCAAGCACAUUACAAAUAAAGCGAGUUCGAAAAUUAAUGAAAUUUUAAUCUUCUUUUUGUAAGAGAACGGUUGAGUUGCAAUACAUGGUUUCUUUGAGACCUUUCGUCCUCAUGGACAACAGAGUACGAUGCAAUAAAAGAAAUUCGACCUUGAAUUUCAAGGACAAGAUGAUUAGAGUCACGCGGUCGCGACACGUAAUUUCCUCGAACACCGCACUGUUUCGUCAGAUUAAUAGAAAAAACGACUUUUUAUUAAUAUUUCAUUAAAAGAUACUUGUACAAAUUUGCAAGACAGUAAUAACAUAAAUGACCAAUUUCACAUGUAACAAAUGUUUAUAUUCUAUUGUAAUAUUUUUUUUAAUUUGUUUUGCAUAUAAUUUUAUAUAAUUCUAUAUAGCAAUAAAAGUAAUAUGGGAAGCUGAGAAAUAUAAUAAUAUAAGUUAGGCCAUUGAUAUUUUUCAUAUAUUAUUGUUAUAAAGCAUUCUCUCUCUCUCUCUCUCUCUCUCUCUCGCACAUUCACGCACUUAAUAUAUUUUUUAAAAUUAUAAAUACAUUUCGUAACAUUUACUAUUUUUGAUCAAUUAAUUUAACUUGUUAUUUUUUAUAAUUAAAAUACAUUAUCAAACUCGAAUGCAAAAUUCAAGACAAACCAUUAUGAGUUUUAGCUUACUAUACAACAAUGUACUUAUAUGGCACAUUAUCAAAAUUGUUAUCAAGAGCGUAAUAUUUUGAUUAAGUUUAAGCUUUUUCUUACGAGAAACUAUUGUUCGUUUCCAUACGAAAUACGAAUAUUUCGACAUUUUUAUUACAGCCAAAGUAUUAUUCUUACUAGUCAGAAGUAAAAAUUAAUUUCUUAAUAUAAUAAUGUAUAAUUCAGUCUUACCUGAACGUUAUUGAAAUGUCAAUCUACUCUUUGAAUUAUUUCUUCAUAAUUGCGCCACGAUUAGGCCAUUAUUAUAUGCCUAUUGACAAUUACGCUCAUUAUCCAAACGCAUUUAAAGAACGACUCUAAGUUGUACCAUUCCGCAAAUGCUUGGUUGAAAAUGCCUGCCAAUCAUCGAUCAAACUGUUCUAUCUUUUAUUUCAGGAAGCAUUUUCAUCGAUUAGUGAACAUGCAAAGUAACAAGUAAAUGAACAUUUCAGGCGAUAAAUAGAACAUAAAUACACAACUUAUUUGCUAACUUAUGUAAUUACAGAUGUAAUAUACAAGAUAUGAGAAAAUAUUUAUUUUUGGACAUAAAAAAAGCAUUCGACGAAGUCUGGUACGAAAGUUUACUGCAAUUUACCAAUUAUUAAAAUCUUACCUAAAUAACCAAACAUUCUACGUAAAAAUAAAUGAUUCGUACUGAGAUUUACAAGCAACAAGCGCUGCAGUACUAUAAGGAAGUCUGUUACGUAUAAUACUUUACACUUUAGACACAGCAGACGUUCUAGCAACACCAAACACUACCAACAUGUAUAUGGCAAUGAGUGGAAAUCCACAAGAAGCAGUUGAGAUCUUACAAACCUACAUAAGUUCACUGAAGAAUGGUUGCUAGAGCAGAGAAUAAUAGUCAAUUAUAAUAAGUGUAAUUACAUUGUUUUCACUUUUCGUAGACACUCUAAAGAUCAUGCUUCACAUCAAUGAAUACCGCAAACAAAAGUGAUCAAAUAUCUGGAAUUCCAUUUACACUGGAAACUAACUUGGAAACAGCAUGUACAUAGAAAGAUGCAACAAGAAUUAGGAGGAAAGACGCGUCGUGGUUAACCAACCGUCGUUCGAAACUUAGCAUAGUAAACAAACUACUAAUCUACAGAGUAUUAUCUAGGGUAUUUCUAUAUAGGGUAUCUAUAGAGAGAUAAUAAAACGAAUAUGGACGUACGGCAUCCAAUUAUGGGAUAUAGUGGCUAAAAGCCGCCAAAGCAUUGCCAAAGUGGAAGCUAUACAAUCAUACUUCGUAGCAUAGUAGACGCACUUUGUUACAUACUAAAUGAAGAACUACGCGAAGAUCUUCAAAUGUCCGCUAUAAAGGAGAAAAUUCAGUGAAUAUCCGACAGACAUAAAACAACACCAAUGAACCACCCAAACGCGCUAGCCAAAUAAACUGUAUACUGACAGUGUCGUUUAAAGGUUGAAAAAGAAACGACCGCAGCAUCUAGAGUGACGCAAGAUCAAAUAUUGAAACAUUCUUGUAUAGUGCUAAUCCAAUGAGAUUAAAGUGUAGGAAUCUACUGGGAGUUAUUAAAAAAAAAGAAAAAAUAUGCAGCGCAAAGCACGUAUUUAAUUACAAUUGAGAGUAACUUAUAGUUAUUUGCAUUAUUUAAAUAUUAUAAUAUCGACAUCUGUGAAUAUUGGUAUUAAUGCAAAUAAUUAUAUACUUAUUAUUCAAAGUUGUUGAAUAUAAAUUAUUUACUUCUACAAGAAUGUUUCGAUUAAAUUUCUAAUGUUACGAAGUAUAAUGCAUCGACGUAUUUUUUUUCAGUAUUCACUUCGUGUGUUGUAUUACACAACAUACAUUCAUUUUUCAUUCAUUGUUGUAAGUUUAUCGCACUAUUUAUCGAUGACAAGACGACAAGGUCUUUAGGUGUCGUCGUAAAACAAAGCGACAGAACUCAAGUUAUUUGAAGUUAUUAUUACUUUAGAGAUCGUUUUGAAAUUUACUUUAUUAUUUUGAAUUCUAUCUUUAAAAAACACGUCGUAUUUAAUACCUUUAGAAUACUGAUAAAAUAUAUUUGCUACUUAAAGUAGUGAACUACCUUUCCUAGAACAUGUAAUUAUCAUAAUACAAUAUUUUUAUAAGUAUGGAAAAUUCUUAAAUAAAGUUUUAGUUUUAGCAAAUUUAUUUACAAGUAAAUAAGAUGGACCACUUCAACAGAAGUUACAUUAUUCUAUUAAAUCAAAUGGUAAUUAUUCGGAAUAGAGGCUACUGCGUCGAUUUCAAUGACCUUGAAAUAUGUUGUAAAAGAUAAUAUUCUGAGCAGGUAUGUUUUGUUUAAGCGGUAAUGCACAAAUAUCUGAGAAAAUACAAUGAUACGAAAAGAUGUUUCAGACAAAAGUGGUAUGGUAUAGCGAGGUACAUGCUGAACUUUUAUCUACUUGACCUUGAGAUGAUCGUGAAACAGCCUGUAAAGGCGACAUUAAAAUUUUUAUAUGAAUACCUCCAUUUUUUAUUAUAUAUUUUUGUAGCUGACACUCAGAUCUCAUCAAAACACUAUAAACUCUUAUCUUCUGUGUCAUCCACUAUGAAAAUAUGAAUUUUAAAAUUCAAUGUGCCGUCGGCAUUAGCGUUACACGAUGUACACCGCAGAGACAUAUAAAAAUCAUUUUCAUAAAUGCUGUACUGUCCAAAUACAAGAUCGGAAUUUUCUAAUAUGUCCAAAACAGUCAAUCAUUUCUGAGCAGUCACUUUUAGCUGAUAUCUUGUAUUAUUCUCUUGAAUUUGAGAGUUUAUAUCAUGAUAGCAAAUGGUGCGGAAGAGACAAGAUUGUAAUGUUCUGAAAACGUCCCUAUGUCACCUAUACGAAUAUGUGAUAAAAAUGGAAAUUCCCAUUUAAAAAUUGUAAUGUCACUAUCAUAACAACUGCCAAAAUUACCGCAAGGUCAAGUACACGAGAGUAUAAUAUAUCUUCCUCCAUGUCAGGCAAUUGUUGUCUGAAACAUUUUUUCGUACCAUUGAUGUUUUUCAAAAUAUUUGUGUGGUUUGAGAUAAAGUGGACAUAUUGUAUAUACUAAAUCAUUAUUAAAAAUAAAAUUAAUUUUUUUACUAUUUUUAAAGGAAAUAUUCUUCAAUCUGCCAUAUUAAACUCCGAAUCUUCAUCCAUAAUUUUUGAUACACGGACCGUUUAUUUUGAAAGUGACAUAAUUGAAGAUUUUCCUUUGUUUUCAGAUAUUGAAGUGUUCGCGUUCCCACCGAUUGAAAAAUCCUAAUAGGAUCUUCUUAGUUUGUUCACGUCUGUACGCGUUUAAAUAGAUGUAAAUACAUUAUACAAAUAGGUCUUUGAGAAUUAACUAAAUGUCCUUCAUAUAUGUUAUUAUUUACUAAUUAUCUACGGAGACAAAGAAUUAGAGGAAACACUAAUCGUCUCUACUUGAAAAUUCCACAGGGCGGUUUUCGAUAUGUUAUUAUGGAUUUCAAUGAAUAAGCAGGUUUAAUAUUUAAUCUACGAUUUGAGGGUCGCCGUGCACUCCGCUGCUCGAGCUAACCUACUUUCGUUCGUGUAAGAAGGUUUGCUCGCGCACAGGGAUAUUUCGGUUGAUUUUUAAUUGUCAGUGACUAAAAAACAAAGUCAGAAACGCAAUAUUUCUUAUUCUUGAUUUUCAUCUUAUUUUAGCCUCAAGAAUCAUCUCUCAAAUUUUGUUACAUCUGUAGCCGAAGACGUUCUAUAUACAAGGUGUCCCUCGUAAUGGGAUUCAUUUUGCAUACGUUCUUACCAUUUGCGGCCAUGUAGCAAGAAAUGUUUUUAACCGUAUUUUAAUAGCGUUGAGUGUACUAUGUACAGAUGACGAUAAAAGAAUUCCGAUUGCCGUAAAUUAGUUUUCACAUUAUGUGCAAUAAUAUUUCGUUGCUAUCCGUCCGGAUUUUUCCGGAUUUUUCCGGAUUUGUUCUAGUUUUUAUGAAUAUUCCUCACUCGCUGACCAAACGGUCAGCCUUCAUCGAUCAUCCGUAUUAUCAUGCUAUACGUGCGUUGCGUGCAGUGAUCUGUCAUGCGUCAGACGCAUCUAUACUAAUAUACCGGGUAGCAAUGCAUUUGUUUUUUCUAGGAACGGUUUUUAAGUAUUGUGUUUGUAUCAGAUGCAUUAGGUGCAAUCUACAUGCAAACACACCGCUAUCCGCCUACAAUUUAUAAUUUACAGAAAUUUGCAUCGUGGAUAUCUAACCUAAAAAAGCAUGUAGCUAGAGUUUUUAGAUUUCAGGCGGAGAAGUCCGGGAUUUUAAUGCUCUUCAUCCCAGAUUACUAAUUUUAUGAAUGGCAAACUUAUUUAAUAGUGAUAUCAGUUCGAUCAGCUUUUGAUUGCUUUGUCAUUUUCAAGAUAUGUUAUUAUAACUUCGAUUAAGAUAUUUUAUAUUUUACUUGAUUAUUUUACGUAGGACACCCUAUAAACACAGGGUGACUGAAUAUCGCUAUUACAUCGGGGACUAUUUGACAGUCAACAAUGACGAUUACUAUAGUGGAGACAGUUGUAUUAGUAAUUGUAUUUUGUAUAGUAGUUGCAUUAGUAAUUUGUAUAGGCGUAAUUUAACGUAUAGAUAAAAGUUAUUUUAAACGAUUACUUGCUUGUUAUUAAUUCUACGACUGCGAUGUAACGAAAUUUCAUAUCGCGAUAGUAUGGAUAAUUUUAAUAACGUCGCGAUUUGAAACACCAAAUUAAACGAUUAUCGUGUUAAUUUAUAAAAAAAACUAGGUGAAAAGAAAAAUUACUGGUACGUGUAAGUCAGUAAGUAUAACGAUUGAUCGAUAAGUUAUCUAUAAUUUGAUAAAGAAGCCGAGCGGAAAUUUGAUGCUUAGCGACAUCAUAAGACCAUAUGCAGUCUUUGUGAAGAUACUCGAUACUGUAUUUUAUUCUUGCAAAAAUGCAUAUGUCAUUUCAUCUCGGUGAAAAUGAAGUUAUUUUGUUUGAUGAAUGGCACGCGAUAGAUGGACAAGGUAUUGGAUGGUCCAUGGUUGGUAUUAUUCUUUUGACGUCUAUAUAUGAAGGAUUAAAAAGCUAUCGUGAUCAUUUGUUCAUCAAUACAGCACGGUUAUGGAAAACGAAAAAUAACAGAUCUAGGACGUCAUUCCUGUUUUCGAAAAUACACUUCUUCCAAACAAUUAUCCACGUUAUUCAGUUGAUCAUAGGAUAUUGCCUUAUGCUAAUUUUCAUGACGUACAAUAUUUGGCUUUGCCUCGCUGUGGCGUUAGGUGCAGGUCUUGGUUAUUGGCUGUUUGCUUGGGAAAAGUCCAGUGGUGAUAAUAUUGAUUGCUGCUUGUAAAUCUUAAAACAGUAUUUUGUAAUGAUAUAAUUAAUCCCGUAUUAUCGUGCUCUUAAAGCACUCAUAUAUAAUUAAAAUUAUAAUGUAAAUAAUUUGUACAUCAUUUACGAUAUUGAAUUUAUGAAAAUAGUCCUACAUAUUUAUUUAUAAAGCGUCAAUUUUGUUUCAGAGGCAUUUGAAACAGUAGUUUGACAGAAAAUAUUUUUUAGAUAGAAAUAAAUGUAACUUUCUGGUAUAUAAUAGUGCUAUUAUAGCACUAAUAUAUAGACAGAAUUAUUAUGUAUGUAUUAUCGUCAAAGAUUUAAAUAUAAAUAGAAAAAAACUAUAAACUUAUAAUUUUUUACAUAGAUCAUGUAAAAAAAUAAGCGUGUACAUAGAGUGUUAAAUUUGCCUGCAAUAAACAUUUCUCUGUAUUCAUGUAAUAAUUAUAUAAUUCGUCAUUUAUAUAUGUAUAAAUAAUAACUUUCUGAUAAAUUUUUGUACAGUAAUCAUAAUUGACUAAUUAACUGAUGUUGUACAGUAUAUACUAUAAUCAACUGGACACGAUCGUUAUCUAAUCAGGAGUCACUAUUUAUUGUACAACAUUAUCAGUAUUUCGAUCAUUCAGUGUAUCGUCGGUGCAGGAGAGCUACCACAGGUUAAAUAUAAAAUAUUUCUUGUAGUACAAAAAUAGUAACAAAGAUAAGUUUAAGAUGAACGCUUAUAGUCACAGCCGAGAAACAAUGUGCGGCACAAGCACAAGAAUUGUAUUUAAAAAAGAGUUCAAGACAGUUAAUGAUAUAAUACUCGGAUGGGAUACAUUUAACAGUAUAACGUUAGUUCUCUUCGUGGUACUCUUUUGUGUUUGGUGUAUAAUGUUCUUUAUAAUGUAUGAUUCAAAUGCUAUGAGUCAUGGAGAUCAUUCAGCUCACCAACACUAGGAGCAUUAACUCGAGAUACACCGUUUUUAACAAUACGUAAUAAUGAAUUUACUUGUACUAUCCGAGAAGAAAAUGAUAAGCCUCCAGGCCCGAAGUUUACCUACAUCGUAUUUUCAACUGAAAAACGAAUUUUUGAUACUUGCGAAGAAUUUCGGAAAAAGAGCUCUAAACGACUCUGUAGCAAAUGUAUACGACCAUUCAGGUUUUCUAAUUUAUUCCAUAAUAAAUGCAAUAUUUUAUAUACAA